AUUACAUAAACAAGAUAAAGAUCAUAUUAUCCAAAUUCCCGAAGGAGGAAAUCAUGAACACCAACAUUCAGCUUCCUUUCUCAUUAUUUCUUCUAUUCUUAUGUGUUUCUCAUUUUCCGUGCUUCGACGCUGCCCCACUCGGAAGAACAAGAAAUCUAGUGCAACAUCAAAUUCAGGGUUAUAAUAAUCAAGGAUUAGAGAAAAUAUACAAGUUACCAUCUUCAUCAAUAUCGGAAGAGAUUCGAACUGAAGAAGGCGACAAGAUGAAGCCGAAAACUGGCAUGAGGAUUAAUAUCGAGCUUCAUGAUUACCCGGGCAUAGGGGCUAACAAUCGUCACACGCCGAAUAAGCCCUGAGAGAAGGAUCAAAACUGAAUUCUAUCAGCCAAAUAAUUUUGAUUUGAGGACAGGCUUCUUAAUUAGUUAUUAUAAACUAAUUAAGAGUGAUUAUAUAGUUUGUUAUUAAAAUUUUCUAUUAAUGAGAUGAAUAUUGGAGACUAAUUGCUCAAUGCAGCCAAAUUGUACUUCAAACAAUGUAUAACUACAUAGAUUUACUUGGAAUAAAGAAAGCUUUGUUA